UCCGAUGGUGAAGGGUGAAUGGGUGGGUCAUUGAGUAAUGCGUUGCUUAUUUACGUUUUGGAAGAGAUCACAGGUUUCCUGUACACUUCAUAAAGUUGAACACUCAAGUGUUGUCCUAUAAAAUGUCGAGAUUCUAGGAUUUUGUUUAUGUGAAUGUUGUAUUAUUUAAUUAAUUAAUUAUAAUUAUCACCUAACUUUUCCCCACUCUCGGGAAUAAAUUAGCUGUUACGCAAUAUAGCGAGAAAAUGGAGGCAGAACAUGAAAUAAAUUUGUACGACAUUCCACUUUUGGCUCUCAGACCUUCAACUCGUCAGAUGAUAGUCAAUGAGCUGAACAAGAAGAAGAUCCUCGGAUCCGAAGAGGGAUUGCCCAGGGAUUGGCGUGGGUUGGUACACCUGACAGGCGUGCAAACCCCCUCUAGUGACAGUCCAGCAUCACAAGUGUUAACAGCCUGGGAGAAAGAUCCAGCGGCCAGCCUGGGACAGUUGGAAGAGUACUUGGGACAACUAGACAGAUGGGAUAUAGUUGACGACGUCGGCCAUCUUUUAAGAGCUGAUGCCCAAGAGUUUAUGUCAAGAAUGGUAGAUGUCCCUCGGCAGUCAUCAGCAUUGUCCGAGAUUGAUCACAGAGUGCUCACCUUUGAUGACAUCAAGAGACUGGAAAGAGGAUUGGAACUACAGAUGUAUGACGCUCUACUCCUGUACGCAGAUGAGGAUCAGGAGUAUGCCAGUCAGAUGUUGGACCGUCUGGAGAACGACUACAAUUUUAAGGUAUGUCUGAAGGAGAGCCUGGUGGGAGGUUUGUCGUUUGAACACCAAGGUAUCAUGAGGUUGAUCAGUGAGAGGUGUAGGAGACUCAUCAUCAUCUUGACCCGUAGCUUCCUCAACAGCACAGUCAACCAAUUCUUCGUCAUGUUUGCUCAUGCUAUUGCCGUAGAGAAACACAAACGGAUCAUCAUCCCUUGUAUCUAUGAACAGGACCAGAUCACCCUGCCUAUGGAGAUCAGUUACAUACACAAGCUGGACUACAACAGGAUAUGCCUCAACGGUUACAACUUCUGGGAACAACUCAGGAGUUCUGUAGCAGAUGCCCCAGUCUUCUCCUCUACCAGCAACGUGACGAUACGUGAAAUCACGAACUCAGCAACUUUACACCCUCCUGUUCCACAGAGAGCCAUAGAGCCUGCUAAAGAACAAGUGGCAAAACCUUUCGUGAGGGCUGUUAAAUCCGAGGGAGCAACCGUUGACGCAAAAGGACGACUUGGGGUGACUAAUGCAAUGACCAAGUCGACCAACAAUCUGCUCAGUCUGUCUGAAAACAUCUGCUCCAAUAGUCCGAUGAAUAUGUCCCAUAAACUUAGCUGUAGUAGCUUAGAUAUAUCAGAGAAAAAAUCUAAGGUCAAUUACUUCAAUAAAAUUUUCAGAAAAGUCGUUACUACGAAAACAAAAGAAACCAAGAAAAGUAAGAAAAACAAACAAAAAUGCUGUGAGGGUAUAAUGGCUUCGUAAGACUAGCCAGGAUGCUGCAAUUUCAAUCCGAGUGACACCUGUAAUGCUUUUUUUACACCAAUUUUAUUAACACGUUGCCAACAAUAAUGUUCUAGUUGACAUGUUUGAGCAGCCCGCACCAAAAUAGUCUGAUGAAAUUUGUUGCCAUUUUGCUACUGACCGUCAGCUGGUUCUAUUUUGUCGUGGCCAUGUAACCAAUAGCGGUUUGAUUUACACGUUGUUGGAAAAAAACAGAUGAACCAAACUCGUACGUACAGUAUAUUUCCUUAUGGUAAAAUCUAAUGAUGUUUGUUUAUUGCAAUAUUUUUUAUGACGGUCCAGUAAUUUAUCAUACAUGUAAAACUAGCGAUGGUGAUAGGCAGGGGAUAUAGAGAGCAAGAACGUAGCCAGGAAAAAAUUUGGGGGGUCCAGACAACUAAUAUUUUCCUGUAGUCGACAAAGUUCUUGACCCGUUUCUAUGUUGAGAACGAUCUUUCAGCAGUACAUGUCAGUAAUACUGAAUUAUUUAAAUAAUAAUCGUUUGCUAAAAAAGUAAUUGAAAAAAUUGCAGAUUUGGGGGUUCGGACCCCUUGGGUUCCCCUCGCUGGUUACGUCCUUGGUAAAGGGGGGGGGGGUUUUGCAAAUGCCUCUAUAUAACUAUUUUGGUGCUGACUGCUCUAGUAACUAAAUUGCAGUGUUAUUUAACAAGAAUAUUACUAUGCACCAAUUGUCAGUGAAAGUAGUUUAUCACCUUCUCCGCUGUUACUAAACAAUUUCUUGUUGGCCAAACACGACUUUUCAAUAUGACGUUUUAUAAUAUACUGCAUGAACGAAUUGAUUUAAUUUAUGAACUUUUGGAUCAGGGAAGAAAGUACUAACAAAAGCUAUAGUUUUGUACUGAUGUAACUCUGGUGUAAAUGAAGCAUUAGCAGCAUCAGCCUGGUAGCUUUUCUGUUCCUAAUAUGAACAACGACAAAAAUAUCCAUUGUCACCCUUAUUUAUUUCUCAUAUCAUCCCAUUUAAUAUUUCCUUUUCAUAACCUUUCAGUAAUAUUUUUCUCUAGCUGUAUUGUCAUCAUAUUGUCUUCCUCACAUUUUACAAGGUUGAAGAAAGACCAAUAAUAAUCUCUCCUUGGUAUAUUAUUUUAUUUUAAAAAUAAUUUAAAUUUCAACUGUUUGUAUUUAUUUCUAUGCAAUAUUAGGUAGAAAAAAGUGAUACUGCUUUAUGAGAAAAGUUGAGGAAGAUUAAAAUAUUUUGUAUUAAAAAAUUUCAGUUCCAACAAAUUCUACAUUAUAGUUUUUUAACACGUUGAAUUCGGCAGAUCCCUUACGGUGCAGACUUAAGUUCACUCAGUAUUAUAGACAAGCAGUGAAGGUGUUUAGAGUUAAAUACAACAACACUUCAAUGUUUGUAUGACAAAAUAUUCUAACCACCUUAAUAAUUAUUAUGAAACACACAGAUACUUGUAAAAACAACAUUUUUGCAAACCUGUAAAUCCAAAAUUCAAGUAGUUGUAAUGUUACAAAGGUAAAAUGAAAUACAAAAACACAAUUUUUACAAGUAGUUGUAUCAAGUUAUAGUUAAAAACCUGCAAUUUCAUGUGUAAAAUAAUUUGAUAAACAGCUAUUAUUACAAAUUAAAAACAUUAUACUUCAACACAACAUUAAUUAAGCAACACAAAGUAUAAAGUACACAACUUCAUGCAAUCGAUGUGAAGCCUAUAAAAGACUUGGACAGUAAAUAUAUU